CGGCGAAAUCGAAUCGUAUAAUGGCACAGAUCCUCUUAAGGUGGAUAGUUCUUGUGGUGAACAUAUUGGGGGGAGUCGCUCUGAAGGAUACGGGCGACUAUAUCAGGAUGCACAACUAUCCCGUGGAGAAGCAUACGGCGGUGACCCAAGAUGGUUACAUACUUGCCCUCUAUCGGAUUCCGAACUCUCCUCGCCGUCCCAGCACGUCGGGACCGAAGCCCGCCGUCCUUUUCGUCCAUGGCCUGACUUGCUCCUCUGACUACUGGGUGAUUAUCGGACCAGACCAAGGUCUGCCAUUCCUACUGGCCGACGAGGGCUAUGACGUUUGGCUGAUCAACAGCCGGGGGAACUCCUAUUCACGUAAGCACCUGACCAUUAGCCCUAAUAACAAGGAUUUCUGGCGGUUCGACUGGCACGAAAUCGGAAUAUAUGACACCACCACCACGAUCGACUUUAUACUGAGUAUGACUGGACAAACGGCUGUCCACUAUGUGGGCCACUCGCAGGGAGCUACUUCUUUUCUGGCGAUGCUCUCGAUGCGACCUGAGUAUAAUAUCAAAGUGAAGACGAGCCAUCUUCUCGGGCCGGUUGCUUUCAGCGGAAAAAUGCCAUCAAAGCUAUUCAAAAUUAUAAAGAAUUUUUACCUGAAGCUGAGCGACAUGGAGUUGAUGUAUAAUACUCCAUUUUGGAGCAGAAUAUUUUCGUCCCUGUGCAGCGUACUUCUUAUAAGACACACAUUAUGCCGAAAUUUUGCCUUUCUGAUGUCUGGCGGUCCCUCAAAACAUUUAAAUACGACACUAUUGCCGGCGAUUGCGGCCACUGCUGCAGCGGGUAUUUCAACUCGACAAAUUAAGCAUUAUGCCCAACUUAUCGAUUCCGGCCGAUUCGCCCUCUACGACUUCGGAAAAAGAGAGAAUCUCGCGAUCUAUGGCACUUCAGAUCCACCAGACUAUCCGCUAAAUGAAGUAAACCCUUUGAGCCCCGUUGAUUUUUACUAUAGCGACAACGAUGGUAUGGCAGCCGUGGAGGAUGUCCUGCUGACCAUCAAUUCUUUGCCCAACGCACGGGGACAUCCUCAUCAAUUGUCCGAAUGGGGUCACAUUGACUAUGUGUUCGGCAAUAAUCUAAAGUUUUAUGUUAACAAUGAUAUUGUUAACAUUGCCAAUGCUUUUGAAUCUCGUUUAAGCGAAGCUAAUCAGCAUCACCGCUAAUGAAUAAGUAAGAGUAGUACCAGUAAGAUGCGUAUACGAUAUCUAUUAAACUGAAGGGCUCCUUACAAAACGAAA